ACCAUUCUCCUGUCUUCCAAAAAACCCCCACUCGCUCGCUCCCUCCUUGUUCUGCCGUUUGUCCGUCUGUUUAUAGCUUAAUUCAGAAUCUGAAGCACCAGCAAAGAGAAAUAUGAGGGGUCGAAAAUCAAUGAAACGGGACUCUGCUCAACUCGACCGGUUUGACUCCCUUCCAUGGACCUCAUCUCUCCCAAACACCGAAGACGACCCCUUUUCUGCCCUAGCCGGAUUGAACGAUUUCGAAGGAGGUGUGUUGUCUCUUGAAGAGAUUGAUGAAUCGGAGUAUGGAUUGGAGCUUCCUGUCACAAAUGGGAAGAAACGGAAAAGGGAAGAAAGCAAGGCUGUUGGCGAAAUCACACAAGAUGACAAGAAGAAGAAGAAGAAGAAGAAGAAGAAGAAGAAGAAGAAGAAGAAAGAUGAAGGGGCCAAGGAAUCUUCUGUGGAUAAUGAACAAGAGGCUGUUACAGGUGAGGAUGACAAAAAGGAGCAAGAGCAGCAGCCAGAUGACAGUGAAUAUCAUUAUGCAUGGUAUGAACUCAGGCUUCAUCCAUUGUUAAUGAAGUCCAUAUCCAGGCUCAACUUUAAGGAACCCACACCCAUACAGAAAGCUUGUAUCCCCGCCGCUGCUCAUCAGGGAAAGGAUGUCAUUGGGGCUGCCGAGACAGGGUCCGGUAAAACUUUGGCGUUUGGAUUACCGAUUUUACAACGUCUCCUUGACGAAAGGGACAAGUUCCAGAGGCAGGUUAUUACUAGGGAUGAAAAUAUAGUCUCCAAAGGUCUUUUAAGAGCACUUAUUAUUACUCCCACUAGGGAGCUUGCCCUUCAGGUCACAGAUCAUCUGAAGCAAGUGGCCAUAGGGACAGAUGUUAGGGUUGUUCCAAUUGUUGGAGGAAUGUCAACAGAAAAACAAGAACGCCUUCUCAAAGCAAGGCCUGAAAUUGUCGUUGGAACUCCAGGGAGGCUAUGGGAGUUGAUGUCAGGUGGAGACGUUCAUCUUGUUGAGUUACAUUCAUUGUCAUUUUUUGUUCUGGAUGAGGCUGACCGGAUGAUAGAUAAUGGUCAUUUUCAUGAGUUGCAGUCAAUAAUUGACAUGCUACCAAUGAUUAGAGAAGGCCAUGCAGAGGAUACUGAAAAUUGUGUGACAGCAUCAGGAUUUCAAAGGAAGAAAAGACAGACUUUUGUGUUUUCUGCUACCAUUGCCUUGUCUUCUGAUUUUAGGAAAAAGCUCAAACGGGGAUCCGUGAAAGCAAAAUUGGAUGGUGAACUAAAUUCAAUUGAAGCACUUUCUGAACGAGCUGGGAUGCGCUCUAAUGCUGCUAUAAUUGAUCUGACAAAUGCAUCAAUUAUGCCAAAUAAACUUGAGGAGUCAUUUAUCGAGUGCAAAGAGGAAGAUAAAGAUGCGUGUUUAUAUUAUGUUUUGUCUGUACAUGGGCAUGGACGCACUAUUGUGUUUUGCACAUCGAUUGCAGCCCUGCGUCAUAUUUCUUCUCUUAUGAAGAUUCUCAAUGUUAAUGUUUGGACCCUUCAUGCACAGAUGCAACAGCGUGCCCGCCUCAAGGCAAUUGAUCGUUUUCGUGGACAUGACCAUGGCAUUCUUGUUGCUACGGAUGUGGCAGCUAGGGGUCUUGAUAUUCCUGGUGUUCGGACUGUUGUCCAUUACCAACUUCCCCAUUCUGCAGAAGUUUAUGUUCAUAGAAGUGGCAGAACAGCUAGAGCUUCUGCUGAUGGGUGCAGCAUUGCUCUGAUAUCCCCAAAGGAAGCCUCCAAAUUUACUUCUUUGUGCAAAUCAUUUUCAAAGGAAAGUUUUAAGCAGUUCCCUAUAGAGGCUUCAUACAUGCCUGAGGUUUUGAAGAGGCUAUCUCUUGCACGACAAAUAGACAGGGUUUUGCGAAAGGAAUCACAGGACAAGGCUGAUAAAAGUUGGUUUCAACGUAAUGCUGAGUCGAUCGAUCUGAUUGUAGAGGAAAAUGACAGUGAGGAGGAACGAGUGAAUAGUAUCAGGAAAAAGAAAUCAAGUUCUGCCCAACUAAAAAAUCUACAACAGGAGCUUAAUUCACUGGUUUCUCGCCCUCUGCAACCCAAAUCAUUUUCAAGUCGAUAUUUGGCAGGGGCUGGUAUUUCGCCACUCCUCCAACUACAGUUCGAAGAAUUAGCGAGGCAGAAGCGUGGUGACUCUGCAAACCAAGGAGAUAACAAGAGGAGAAUGGUUGUUAUUGGCCAGAAUUGUGUUGAACCUCUCACAGCACUCAGGAGUAGUGGCCAAGAGAUUUCCAUGGAUACUAAAGCGGCUGUAGAAAAACGAAGAAACUUGGACAACCUACGAAGAAUGAGGAAAGAAGAUAAAAAACGAUUGCAUGAUCAAAAGAGAAAGCAGCGGAAAAAGCUAAAAGCAGGAGGUGAUUAAGAGAAGCGUAUGGGCUAAAUUUAUUUGCUCUCUUUAGGACCAGUAAUCAAGUAUUUCUUACUAGAAGAGAUCAAAAUUUUGUUCAAAUACAUUAAUUUGAUGCACCAAUUUUACUGUAUAAGAGGUAUAGCAAACACAAGUUGUAUUCCUUCCUACUUCACACAUUUGUGGGGUGGAUUAAUAGGGAUUUUUCAAGAGUCCUGGGUUUCAUCCCAAACAUGCGUGUAAUUUAGGGGUAGGAGUAGAGUAGAAUGUCGUUAAAAAAAAACAUUUUGAAAGUACAAGCUACAUAUUGGCUGUUGACUGUUUCUACUCAACUCUUUAUAUGGAUAUGAAUCUGAAUAGUAGUACUUUUAUGCAA